ACAGACUAGCGUGAAACCGGGGAAGGCGUUUCGUUCACCCUGGACAGGGGAUUGGGGUGGGUCCAGGUCUUCCAGACUAUGUUAUAAUGUAAACUCCUUGAGGGCAGGGUUGUAAUUCUGAGUUCCGGGAUGCUGAGCCGGCUCACAAUCCCGGUUUGAAUUUUUCCGGAUUACCCAGACUCCGCCCUUCCCAUUCAAGUUCCGUCUACGGGGAACAGCAAUUAGGAGCCCAACGUUCCCGGAAGCGACCCUAGGAACCAUGAGGCGCGGACCAAGUUCCACCCCGGACGAUUUUCUCCUGAGCGCCGGAACCGGAAGCGUCUCUCCUGCUUAUUCGCACCCGCACCCGCCAUGCUCCGCCUCCUCCGUGGCUGUUCUCUAUCUUCUUCCCAGAUCCUUAAGACUUCUUCAUUGGUGGCAAGGGUUUCCGGGAGGCAGAAGGCUGGCACUCCUUGUGUCCAAAGGGCUCCUUUGCAGAACAGCCCCAGUUUCUUUCUGAGACCUUGGCGCCUCAUGUCCCGUGUAGGGUCUGAGGAUGGGGGUAAAGACUAUCACACGUCUUCCUGCUGCUUCAAGAAGAAGGUCCCUGCGGUCCCCACGAAGCCACCACCCACUCUCACCUACCUGCCGGAUAGCCCAAAGCCAGCCCUCUACAUAACCUUGACUGGAUUGGUCCCCUUUGUGGCCCCACCCCUGUUCAUGUUGAUGACCAAAACCUACCUACCCAUCUUGGCAUUUACUCAGAUGGCCUAUGGAGCUAGCUUCCUGUCUUUCCUGGGAGGGGUCAGGUGGGGUUUUACUCUGUCAGAAGACAGUCCAGCCAAGCCGGAUAUCAUGAAUUUGGCCUGCAGUGGGGCCCCACUGGUGUUUUCUUGGUAUGCUUUCCUUAUUUCUGAGGGACUCACUGAAGCCAUUGUCAUGGUGAUCAUGGGCUUUGGAGUGGCAUUACACAAUGAGGUCUUCCUCCUGCCCCAUUAUCCUAACUGGUUCAAAGCCUUGAGAAUAGUAGUGACAUUGGUGGCAUUUUUUUCAUUUGUAGCCACUUUGAUAAUUAAAGAUUUUUAUCCAGAAACUGGCCCUAAACGACCAAUUCAGGCUGAGUGAACGUACUCUCCUUUCAUAUUGGGAGCAGGCAGGCUAUUAAUAACCUCCUUCACAUGCUCACAGAGGCCACUUCUUGUUUUCUCUUUGUAAUUCCAGCAUCUAGUGAUUGUCCCCCUCUUGAAAUCAUGUUGCCUGAAGACUGUCCCAAUGUGGCUGUAGGCUAGUGCUCACAGGUUUAUUUCUGCUAUUUAUGCAUGAAUUGUAAUGAGUUUUUAAAAAACCAAAUAAAGACCACAGAGCAUCCUUUGGCUGGGGCAUUGUAGCUCCUCGAAGAUCGAUUUCUGUA